GCCUACUAGGUGCUAGAUCCUGUUCUAGGUGCUGAGUGCUCCAUGGUGAGCAAUACUGACUAAAUACUUUAAUAGUUUACUUUCUAUUAAAUUACAGGAGGCAAACAAUAAGCAAAUUAAUGAUGGCAUACAAAAAUAUAGAAUUAGGUAUUCCUCAAAGAAUUAAAAUGGGGUGGUAUGACAACUGAUGGGGUCAGUUUUUUCUAAUCAUUUAAAAUUUUCAUUUCCUUUCAUAGGUAAUGAUAUUUCAAUAGCUACUAGAUUCAAAAGUUAAAAAGCAGGAACGUUCCCUCUCAUUCUUGUACCCAUCUACCCAUUUCCCCUUCCUGGUGGCAACCUCUUUCACUAAUUUCUUGUAUGUCCUAGAGAUUUGUAUGUGUAUCCUGUAUACCUGUGUGAUACUUUAUGAUCGGGGCUCAUUUAAUAGGAAUUUGAGUUCUUUCUGAUCUUUGCUAUUAAGUAAGUAUAAUUUACACACAAGAAAACGAAUAUUUGUUUAUCUGCUUGGUUGGUUGUAGGAACUUUUGUUGUUCAAGGAGGCCAGGGAGACACAUACUGCCAUUACUGUAGGGUAGUAUCCGGUAGGCUACAUUGGAGUUGAACUUAGCAGCAGAGCAUGUGUGAUUUCUAAAUCUUGUUAUCCUACAAAGUGUGCUUAGGCUGGAUGGAAUUAGACUGGAUUCACUAAGGCUAAUAUUGUAGUAAAUAGUGACCUCAUUCCUGUAACAUCCCGUAACUGGCAAGGACCUUCCAAAGCCAUUGUGCAACAGUGUAAAUUCCUUGGCAAAAGGAGUGGCUUUGUUAGGAAGGGGGCACCUCCAGACCUCAGCUGCUGGUCGCAGACAAUUCCUUUUUGAGGAAAUUCACACCUGCUGGGCCAGUGCAUUGCCAAGUCACAGGAAUGGGGAAUAAACGAGCCUCCAAAGCUACACCUGUAAUACUACUGCAUUACUGAAGGAAGGAGAAAGGAAAGAGGGUGAAGUGUGAUCAUGAGGCUCCAUCUGCUGGUGCUGGACUCUUAGUGUUAGACUUUUAAGAAGACAUGUUCAGCAUCUUUUUUCUCAUUUCUUCCACUUAGUCUUUCCUCAUGUGAUGUUUUAAAGAAAAAUUCUUAGUGCAUUUCCCUCUUAAUCUCCAUUGCAUACUGCAAAAAUGCUAUUCCAAAGAUGACGAUCUUGGAUGGAAUGGCGUAAGAUAGUUUCUUUGAGAGCCCUCACCUUUUCUUUGUCUUCAUAAACCAUUCUGACUUUGCUCUUUUGGAAAUUAGCAGUAAUGUAAUAAUAGGCAUAUUUAAUCCUCUUAGCGUUAUGAUGUAGUGCCCAAGAUUAACACAGCCAGUCAUUAAAGUGUUAAAAACAGAUUUUAUUUAGUAACUACUGACAGUAGGGGAAAGAGCUGAGCUUUAUUCUGAUUUGUGCAGAAGUGAUUUGGGUGUUUUAAAGGGAGAAUGGGGAGGUGGCUAGAGGGCGGCUCUGUUGAGUCAGGGGUGAAAAUUACAAAGGAUUGGUCAGCGCAUACUAGCUGCUAGCUGGCAGUUACCAGAGUUAAAAAGUUUCCGAAGUUUCUAUCCUGCCAUGGAAACAGGCUGGAUCCUUCCUGAUUAUUACUUUUCAAGGGAAUGGCUCUGAAAUCCUUGAGAGAGAUACUUCUGAGUUGCAAGAGAUACCUGUUCACAACUGUGAGCCCCUUUUGGUACUACUCCAAGGAAAGGAGAUCAGGGGCCUAUAGUUAGGUGCUGCUAGAACAAUAGUAGUAAACAACAGUAGUAAAAUUUCCUGGCAGCAUUUUGAGUUUUCUCAGGCAGGCAUUUUAAUAAUGAGCUAGGGUCAUUCUAGGGGCAUAGCUUUAUGCUCCCAGAAGCCAUGCUAGACUUCGGUCAAGAUUUUUAGUGCAGGGUUUGGAUGGAGUUAAUGUGCCAAGAAUAGACACUAUUCCUAUUUUAUAGGUGAGGAAACCUAAGCACAGAAAUAAGUAAUUAACUAAGUUAACUAAAUAAGUAAUUCACAAAGGAUCAUACAGCCAGUAAGUGGUAGAGCUGAGAUUUGAACCUAGAACCGGAACCUUAAAUACUGUCUUAUACUGUCUCAUAGCAAUGAAGGAGGUUCUGGAUAAACAAAGAAAAAUCUAAUUUAAUCCUUGUUCUCAACACAUAGUCCAUUGAAAAGGUAUGAAUAUUAGAGCAAAUAAUUGUAAUUAGUUCAGUAUAAAAAAAUGUCCAUUCAGCUAUCCCCUUUCUGUCAAGUGAUGAUACCUAAAACUUUCUCUAUCCUCUUCUCCUCUUCUUUUCAUGUUGUCAUCUGCCAGCCAGAUGUUGGAACGCUAUCUCACCAGUUCCUCAAGUGUGUUAUAUCCUAAAUCUGACUCAUUACCUCUCUUACUGAGCAGCUCCUCCUGACCUUUUGACUUUCUCUGUUCGAAAUGACAUCACGAGUCUCUCAGUCACUCAGGCUCCGUCCUGUUAUAUUGCCAUGGACAGCAACCAUCAGAGUAAUUACAAACUCAGUAAAAGUGAGAAGAAGUUCUUAAGAAAGCAGAUUAAAGCCAGGCAUAUGUUGCUGAGACAUGAAGGCAUUGAGACAGUAUCCUGUGCCACUGAGAGCCUGGUUGUUGCCAAUGGUGGUCUGGGUAAUGGUGUGAGCAGGACCCGGCUGCUCCUGGUCUUAGAGACGUGUGGAGUGGUGGACACUCUCCUGAUGCCACCUGCAAAGCCCUACUCGUUUGUAAGAUACAAAACUACAGAAGAAUCCGAGAAAGCCUGUGUUACCCUUAAUGGAAAAGAAAUAAUGAAUGAUUUAGGACAAAAGAUCAUUCUGUACUUGAAUUUUGUGGAAAAAGUACAGUGGAAAGAGUUGAGUCAUCAAGCCUUACCUCCAGGCCUCAUGGUAGUAGAAGAAAUUGUUUCUUCUGAUGAUGAAAAAAUGCUUUUGGAAAGCAUUAACUGGUCAGAAGAUACAGACUAUCAAAAUGGUCUUCCUGACAUUUGGGAUAGCAUUUUGGAAAAGUGGUUGAACGAAGGUUUCAUUAAACAUAAACCUGAUCAGUUGACCAUCAACCAGUAUGAGCCUGGGCAUGGAAUUCCUGCUCACAUUGACACACAUUCUGCUUUUGAGGAUGAAAUCAUUUCUCUCAGUCUGGGGUCAGAGAUUGUCAUGGAUUUUAAGCACCCAGAUGGUGUCACAGUGCCAGUUAUGUUGCCUCGUCGGAGUUUGAUGGUGAUGACAGGAGAAUCUAGAUACCUUUGGACCCAUGGAAUCACACCCAGGAAAUUUGAUACUGUUCAGGCAUCCAGGGGGCACAAAAGUGGAAUUAUCACCAGUGAUGCUGGAGACUUAACUUUAAGCAGGAGGGGAGUACGGACGUCAUUUACAUUUAGGAAAGUAAGGCAAACACCUUGUAACUGUGGUUACUCUUUGGUCUGUGACAGCCAGAUGAAAGAGACUCCCCCAUCAUUUCCAGAGAGUAAUAAAGAAGCCUCACAACUGGAGCAAGAAUAUGUCCAUCGAGUUUACGAGGAGAUUGCUGGACACUUCAGCAGCACGAGACAUACCCCUUGGCCACAUGUUGUGGAGUUUUUGAAAGCCUUGCCGAGUGGUUCCCUAGUGGCUGAUAUUGGUUGUGGAAAUGGAAAGUAUCUUGGCAUCAAUGAGAAACUGUGUAUGAUUGGUUGUGAUCGUAGCCAAAAGCUUGUAGAGAUUUGUAGGGAGAGGCGGUUCCAGGCCUUUGUCUGCGAUGCGCUGGCAGUACCGAUCCGCAGUGGGUCUUGUGAUGCCUGCAUCUCCAUUGCUGUUAUUCACCAUUUUGCAACAGCAGAGCGUAGAGUGGCAGCUCUCCAAGAACUUGUUCGACUCCUGAGACCUGGUGGGAAGGCACUCAUUUAUGUCUGGGCAAUGGAACAAGAAUAUGAUAAGAAAAAGUCUAAGUAUCUUAGAGAAAACAGAAUUAGCCAAGGAAAGAAAAAAGCAAUCAACAGUGGUACAUCAGUGCAAGAGUUGCGUGUAGAGCAAAUGCCUAAUGUGGACAGUCAAGAUCCAGCAUGUUCUGUCCCCUCCAUUAGUGACUUUCAGGAGGGAGCAUGUAAUUCAAGGAAAGUUACUAAUUCCAAGCUGCCUAUUCACACUAACAGGACUUCUUUUCAUUCCCAAGACUUACUGGUUCCCUGGCACCUUAAGGGAAACCCUGGUAAAGACAAACCUCUUGAGCCAUCUGGUCUGGGGGCAGCUCGUGACCCGAGCGCUGUGUUUCAUCGUUACUACCACGUGUUCAGUGGGGGGGAAUUGGAAGCUGCCUGCCGGGCUUUGACUGACGUGAGCGUGCUGCAGAGCUGCUAUGAUCAGGGAAACUGGUGUGUGAUGCUUCAAAAGGUCUGAGUAUCUCUAUGAACAUGUAUACAGGGAAGAAAUGAUCGCUUUUUUUUUUUUUAAACAAAGGAAAAUGUCUUUUUAGUUAAAGAGAAAACUUGUGGAAAAUUACCAAAGGAGAGUGCCCAAGAGAAAUUUGGAAGUAGAGAUCAGUUAAGAAACAUUUAGUAUAUACUCUGGCUGGCCCUAUUAUGACCCUAAAUGUGGGCUUCGCUUAU